GACUUGAGAGCUGAAGAAGUCAGCAUUUGGCGCUUCUUCUUGAAGAGAGGCGGAUCGAUGCGGGCAGAAACGACGGCCACUGCUUAUUGCGGGCUUGUAUUUGCGUAGAGCGCCUUCUCUCAUGGUGAUUUUAGGUGCUGCCCUGGGGGGCCACGUGUCUGCUGGCUCCCAAACCAGGAGUGUGCAUAGCAUCAGCACAGCCGCUGUGUCAGCAAGCUUGCACACUAGUGGCCAGCGUCGUUGUAGGGUGGUCGCUCUGGUUGAUCAAGACAGCGCAUUCCAUGGGGUUGCAAGUCGUCAGAAGCUGUGGAGUUGCACAAGGGCAGGGCAGAAUGUUAACAUCUGCAAAGCACGAGGAAACCACAUGAGCUUCAGGGGAGGUCAUCAGCGAGUCCAGCUAGGAAUAGUUCAUCCAACCAAAGCAGAUAUAGUCCGCAUGCCAUCAGGCUUCAGAACUUUGUCAGAGGGGCAUCAAAGCCUCACUUUGGGAGGAUUUCACAGCAACAGACUUCAGGGAAGGCAGUCUGGCAGUACCAGGGCAAAGAGACGCCUCAUAUGCGCCCAGGCAAGCCGGCCAGAGCCCCCGGAGAGAGUCCCCUACUCUUCCCCGCCGACAGAUUGGGGCCCUUCUGCAGGCACAUUCAUUGCGUUCCUCCUCACAGCUGCUAUGACCUGGUUCCUCAUCCAGUUGUGCAUCGCCGGAAAAAUCGACCCAACCAACAGGGAGGACAUGAGCGCGUUCAUCUUCCUUUUAGCCAUCAUUGCAUGUUUCGCGGUUCCCGUUUAUCAGAUACUCGGAAUCGAAGCCGAGCUGAGGGGCCAGUUCGAACCUAGGCGACCGGAGCUUCCCCCCGAGUGGCACAACCUGUACUACCCCCGAGAGAAGCUCCCGUUCUACUACAACUCGGUCACUAAAGCCUCCCAGUGGGAGUACCCCGACCUCCCGACGCCCCCGGACGAGCCUGACGUCAGCGUGACGUCAGACGAGCUGGUCGGUUCGUACCUGGCGGACGGAACCGGGCAGCUCUUCUCCGCAUUGCUCAAGCUCCCGGUCACAUUGCUGCUGUAUUACGCCCCUCUCUUCGAGCUCCAGUGGUUGAUCCAGCUCUACAAAGACCAUACGAUUGGGGGGUGGAGUUUCUGGCUUCUGGCGAGCGCUGUUGCAGCCCUGCCCCAGCCCCUCCCGCUUCUCAUCCUGGCUCUCGGGGGAUCCCAACCGGCAAUCACGCCUUUCCUCGACGGCCCAGUCGCGGUCGGUUGGGAGGCUUUCCUGUCCCUGGCACUGCUCGGAAGCCUCGCCUCAGAGGUUCAGUCCCUGAUACAAACACUAGACGAAGCCGCCCGAGCGAGACUCCCCCCCCGCAAGAUGACCGCGGAUUCUUCUUUUCUCACCAACCUAGUUUGCGCUCUUUGCCCCGGGCUCGGUUGGAAGCUCCACCCGUUCGCCCUCACCCUCAACUUCGAGCGGAUCGUGAUCGUUCCGUUCCUGUGCAAAGUUCCGCUUCGGGUGCCCGUUCCGCGGUGGGAGCUUCUACCGGGGUCGUUGGUCGCCCUUUUGUUCGCCUCACCCCUGGUGCUCCCCUUGGCAAGAGCGCUUUCGACGCCGAUAGAGGUCGCCCAGGCGCCUGAACGGAGUGCCUACAUGAAGUUUUUCAACGUCGUUUCGAAGGCGACAGAAGGCGCCCUUGAACCGGGAGUCUUCAUUGAAGCGGUGAUUUCGUCUCCGGCUGUGUGGGUGGGGGUCUUUGUAUCCGUGGCCACAGUACUGAUUCGGAAGCAGAAGGAAGCUUACGAAAGUGCGUUGAUGGAAUGGGAAUCAGAGCGCGAGAAAGCGGCUGGGGAGAACUUAGGAAAGGAGGAGAAAGCAGACCAGUCGAAUUCGCUGCUCUUGUUGGAAGAUAUUGAGGAGAGGUGGAAGGACGACUUCGACAAAAGACUCGGGCCCCAGGACGAUUGAACUGUGUUGCUGUUUUGAUCAGAGUUUUCGUCAGAUAAGAUUCAGAUGUUGUGUACAAUUCAAGACACGUAAGCAAUACUCAGGUUGAGUCGUAAGGCUCGAGAUUUAGUCACUGGAAAUGAAAGACGUGUGCAUGUUGAAUCGCUGUAAACAAUGUGUUGGUCAGCCGUAUGGUAUUGAAGCGUUUGAUUGAACUAGCAUUCUCAGUUAUGCGAGUCACAGGCUGUAGGGAAGUUGCAUCACUGGACGAGCUGUGGUUAUAGGUAUAAUGCAGCAAGCUUGCAAGAUUUGGUAACGUUUCUGUUGUAAGAAAGACGCAUCGUCCUCUCAAUUGUUUCUGACAGCCCAUAUGGCUUACGUCCUAAAACAUUUUGCUUCGGUGGCGUUCUCACAAGGAAAGAUCCUUAACGUAGCGUAACGGUGGAAAUUCCUGCUGCGAAAAUCCAGUCGAUUCAAGCCGUUGAAGCACACAUCAGAGU